AGCGCGCCCGGGGGGUGCGAGGACGCGCACGCCGCCGCUGCUCCUGCUCUGGGAGGUCUCGCGUCCCCGUCUCCCCUUUUUCGCGUUGUACGCGGAGCAGAAGCUGCAGGAGCCGGAGCCCGCAGAGCGGGAGCGGAGGGGCCUCGCUUGGCGGCUGCCGCUGCUGCUUCUGCCGGCGGCGGCGAAGGCGCGCUGGGUCUGGCGCCGCGCUAUGCACCUGCCCGCACCUGCCGCCGCGUAGCCACAUCAGCCGGCGGUGCGGGCGUCCUUCUCCUCCUCCUGGAGGCGUCUCUUCCGCAGCGCCGCCCGAGCCAGCUGCUCCCUGGCGCCCCAUGGGAAGGGGUCGGGCAGGAGGCGCUCGCCGGCCCCGCCUGCUUCCUUGCCCCCCCGAUGGCGCCGCCGCUGUUGCCGCCGCCCGCGCCCUGCCCGCGCCCGGCCUGAACUAGCGUCGUCUUGGCCCUUGGUAGCUGCGCCGGCGCUUGGCGGCUGGUGGGGGUGCCGAGCCCCGGAGCGCUGCCCCCGGCGGGUCCGGCCUCCCGCGGACUUGGCAGCGACGACAGCCCCCGAGCCGUUUGGCACUUUGGCCUUUACCCGCCAUCCUGCAGUAGCAAAGUUGCGAGGCGGGGAGGGUACCCCGCGCCGCGGCUGCCCUGCUUGUGGCUGUCUUCGGAGGCUGAUGGGGCUGGCUGGAGAGGGGGCUGCGGCGGGCGCCCCGCUUCUUCUCCCUCUGUGAGGCCGCCCAAGCGGGAGAGGCUGCCGGUGGGGGCCUCGGACGUUUGACUGGCUUGGGGUCAGUUGGAAGAAGCCCUUGGUAGAGACGACCUGCUGGAGGAUCCUCUGCGCUCCCGGCGCCCCCCUUGGCUGGGCCUCGCCGGCAUCCUGCUCCUCCGGGCGCCAGCUUGGCCAGGCAGCGCUGGAUGUGAGCCCAGUGGCCUCUUGGAAGCAUCCACGGCCGCCCCCCCUGGGACUCAGCGAAGGAAGAGGACAGCCCACGGAAGGAGGCCUGGCCUUUGUCAUGGGGUGGCUUCUCCGGCCUGAGGGGACGCCAGGCGCUGCUCCGGAGUUCUAAGGCUGCUCACCUCCCCAGCGCCCUCCUGGCUUAGGCUGCAGCAGGCGGAGCUCUUGCCUGCAGCUGACAUGGAGACCAAGAUACCGCCUGCUGUUACCCCCACCAGCCCCUCGUCUCCUGGGCUCUCCCCGGUGCCGCCACCGGAUAAAGUGGACGGCUUCUCGCGCCGGUCCCUGCGCCGGUCCCGCCAGAGACGCUCCCACAGCUCCUCUCAGUUCCGGUACCAGAGCAACCAGCAGGAGCUGACGCCUCUUCCUCUACUCAAGGAUGCACCUGUUUCUGAGCUGCAUGACCUCCUGUGCAAGAAACUCCAGCAGUGCUCAAUUCUCUUCGACUUCCUUGACUGCGUCGCCGACCUGAAGGGAAAGGAGGUCAAGCGGGCAGCGCUAAACGAGCUGGUGGAGUGUGUGGCCACCAACCGCGGCAUCCUCAUUGAGCCGCUCUACCCUGAGAUCAUCAAGAUGAUCUCGGUCAACAUUUUCCGGACGCUUCCGCCCAGUGAGAACCCUGAGUUUGACCCCGAAGAGGAUGAGCCCAACCUGGAACCCUCUUGGCCACAUCUCCAGCUGGUGUAUGAAUUUUUCCUCCGGUUCCUGGAGAGCCCAGACUUCCAACCCUCAGUUGCCAAGCGCUACAUAGACCAGAAAUUCGUACUGCUGCUGCUGGAGCUCUUUGACAGCGAGGACCCCCGGGAGCGCGAAUACCUCAAGACCAUUCUCCACCGUGUCUAUGGCAAGUUCCUGGGCCUGCGUGCCUAUAUCCGCAAGCAAUGCAACAACAUUUUCUUGCGGUUUAUCUACGAGACAGAGCAUUUCAAUGGUGUGGCGGAACUGCUGGAGAUCCUAGGAAGUAUAAUCAACGGGUUUGCUUUGCCCUUGAAGACAGAACACAAGCAGUUCCUGGUUCGGGUCCUCAUGCCCCUUCACUCGGUGAAAUCCCUCUCCAUAUUCCAUGCCCAGCUCGCUUAUUGCGUAGUCCAAUUCUUGGAGAAAGACGCUACGCUGACUGAGCAUGUGAUACGUGGCCUCCUGAAGUACUGGCCGAAGACCUGCACCCAGAAAGAGGUGAUGUUCCUAGGAGAGAUGGAGGAGAUUCUGGACGUCAUUGAGCCCUCUCAGUUUGUGAAGAUCCAGGAGCCUCUCUUCAAACAAGUGGCUCGGUGCAUUGCCAGCCCCCACUUCCAGGUUGCAGAGCGGGCUCUGUAUUUCUGGAACAACGAGUAUAUCCUGAGUCUGGUUGAGGACAAUUGCCACACGGUCCUGCCCACCAUUUUUGGCACCCUGUACCGCGUCUCCAAGGAGCACUGGAACCCGACCAUCGUUUCUCUGGUCUACAACGUCCUCAAGACCUUCAUGGAGAUGAACGGAAAGCUCUUCGACGAACUGACAGCCUCCUACAAGGUGGAAAAACAGCACGAACUGAAGAAGGCGAAGGAGCGCCAGGAGUUGUGGAAGCAGCUGGAUGAGCUGCAGCUGCGGAAACUGCAAGGACUGGAGGAGGCCAAGAUGAACCGCCUGAACUUGCAACACAGCCUGGCUGUGCAGAGCGGAGGGGCCAGCUAGGAGCCCCCUCCCCCCCUGGAAUCCCCCCCCCCACACACUGGUGCAGGGCCGGGCCCCAGACAGCUGGAUGCCCCCCCAGCCUGUGCUGAACCAGAGCUCCUGCCCUUUACUCCUCCUGUUGGUGGGCAUGCCCCCACCCACCCACAGGGACCAUGGAGCCCCCCCCCCCCGUUUAGCUCUGUUGUGGCUGUGAGGCAAAGAGUGUGUGCAUGGCUGUGUUUGCUGGGGGGUGGGUAGGAGGAGGAAGCGGAGGGUCUCCCCUGCUGGGUUUGUGUGGCGGAGGAGGGAACUUCCUUCAAAGGAUAGGGGAGCCUUAAGAGAUGUGGGGCCAGUGUUCAGGCCUGGGGGGCGGGGGGCUCUGGUGGUGGUGGUCCCCAUGGCAAUCUAAAGCAAUAGACCUCUUGAUCCAAAGCUGCUUUACAUGUGGCUGGCCUGGGCCUGGGCAGGGGGCCCUUCUGGUGGGGAAGAGUGAGGGGUGGGAAGAAGCAGGGGGGACUCCGGCUUCCUGUCCUGACUCCCUCAGCCCUGGGUUUGCUGUGAGCAGGGGGGCAGUGAGGAAGUAGGAGAGCCCUCUGCCCCUGUCUCUGGGGACCCUCCUUUUCAACAGAGUCCUAGCUGGGGGGUUUCUUGCCCCCACACUGCUGCCCCUCCUCCAAGCAGGAUCGCUGCAGCGUUUCUUGCAGGCCAGCCCUUCCCUCUUCCUGCCCUUCCUCCUUGUGCAGCCAAGACCAGCAGAGGAUUCUGGGGGAUGAAAGUCAGGGGGGGUUUUCUGCCGAAGUGGAGAUGUCGGGGGGGGCUGUAAGGGGUGUGGGAGCCAGUUGAACACAUGUGGCUCCAGUCCUGUGCAUGCUGUCAUGGGACAGGGCCCCAGGGCUCUUCCUCCUGGGCUGGCAGCAUUUUAGGGGUGCGUGUGCACGCUUUGGAAGAGAUUACUCCACUUCCCAUAGCAUUGGUUGGCUUCGGUUUUCACACUUUUGCAGCUUGGGGUGGAGUGUGUGUGUGAGUGUGAGAGAGAGAGAGACUCAAGUGCACUUUGCUUGGAUUCUCACAGCCCGCAGGUGGAGUGUAGCUCUGACACGUUCCCCAUUCAGUCCCCUAUUUCCACUCCUCAAAAUGGUUUAGGAGCCACAGGUAGCUAUUUGGAGGGGGUGAAGGGAGACGAAUGUUCAAACUCCUGCACUUUAGAAGGGCUGGUUGUUGCACAGGUAGAGAAUCAGAACGGCCUCUGAUGGGCUCCACCAUUGGAAGAUUGGGGGGGACACGCUUGCUUGGAAAUUGGGGUGGACAUUUAAAGGGGAAGCAGAUGGAAUGUACCAUCUCGGCAGGAGGGGUGCUGAUCGGAUCCUGCUGUCAGGUGUGGAAUGUGCCCUAAGAGGGAAACGUGAAGAGGCCCUCUUAAACAGGGCUGUUGGUGUGGGACUCCAGCAGCCCCUGACAGGCUGGUGGGAACUGGGAGUCCAGCCCCCUAUGCACAGCUCUAAAGUCUAAAACCCAGAGGGGGAGGAGCUGCUAUUGUGGGGCAGAUUGUGCACUUCCUGGCCCCAAUUCCACCUUUGGUUCGCUUACUCUCAUAAUUUCCCCUCCACCAAAGCUUUGGUUUAUGGCGGGACGGGUGAGGUAGGGGCUUCCCCCCAGCCCCCUCUGUCCUUUCUAGGCAUGAUGACCUCAGAACAUUAACUGUAACCGGAAAAUAGUCCCUGGGUGGUUAUUUUGGGGAGGGGGUGUCGAGUA